UGUGAUUUGGCGAAAACUAUCGAUAGUUCGAUAGGAAUAUCUUGCAUUUACUUUGAAUCAAAAACACCCAAGUUAGUCGCGUUUCACCCAGUAUUUUAACUUCAAAACGCAAGACGCGCGGUUGUGUCUGCUCUCGGUGCGGCAUCUAGACAUCUAGGCAUCUAGUGGCGGAAAAUUAAAUAAUAGAAGCUCGCUCGGCUCGCAUGCAAUUUUCAUUUGAGCGAAAAUUGCCUGAAAUUGUCUGAAAGAGAGCUGAAGAAAUUAAACCACAAAUUAAAUACAACAUUCCAUUCCAAAAUAUUUAAUAAAAAAAAUAAAUAAACAAUAAAAUAUAACGACGAGGAGGAGCAACAUGUGGCGGCAGACAGCGAUGCUGGCCGCGUUAUUAGUGGCUGCCCUCUUGGGCAGUGCAACGGCAGGAACAACCAACUCUCCACCUCGAAUUAUUAAGCAACCGGCACCCGGAGAUCUUUUAUUCAAAGUAGCACAACCGAAUAAGGAGAGCGACAAUCCGUUUAUCAUCGAAUGCGAGGCUGACGGACAACCAGAACCAGAGUACAGCUGGAUCAAGAACGGCAAGAAGUUUAACUGGCAGGCCUACGACAACCGGAUGCUCCAACAGCCCGGACGCGGCUCCCUGGUGAUCACCUCGCCCCGGGAUGAGGACCGUGGCCACUACCAGUGCUUCGCCUCCAACGAGUUCGGAACGGCCACCUCGAACUCCGUCUACGUCCGGAAGGCGGAACUGAACGCGUUCAAGGACGAGAACUCCAAGACCCUGGAGGCGGUCGAGGGCGAGCCCUACAUGCUGAAGUGCGCGGCGCCCGACGGCUUCCCCAGCCCCACCGUCAACUGGAUGAUCCAGGAGGUUAGCGACGCCUCCAUCAAGUCCAUCAACAACUCCCGCAUGACCCUCGACCCGGAGGGCAACCUCUGGUUCUCCAACGUGACCCGCGAAGAUGCCAGCGCCGACUUCUACUACGCCUGCUCGGCCACGUCAGUGUUCCGGAGCGAAUACAAGAUCGGCAACAAGGUCCUCCUCGACGUCAAGCAGAUGGGCGUGAGCGCCUCCCAGAACCGUCAUCCACCAGUCCGCCAGUACGUGUCCCGUCGCCAGUCCCUGGCCCUGCGCGGCAAGCGGAUGGAACUGUUCUGCAUCUACGGCGGCACCCCCCUGCCCCAGACCGUGUGGAGCAAGGACGGCCAACGGAUACAGUGGAGCGAUCGAAUCACCCAGGGCCACUACGGCAAGUCCCUGGUCAUCCGACAGACGAACUUCGACGAUGCCGGCACCUACACCUGUGACGUGUCCAACGGCGUGGGCAAUGCCCAGUCCUUCUCCAUCAUCCUGGAGGUCAACUCGGUGCCGUACUUCACCAAGGAGCCGGAGAUCAAGGUGGCCGCUGAGGACGAGGAGGUGACCUUCGAGUGUCGUGCCGCUGGUGUACCGGAGCCCAAGAUCAGCUGGAUCCACAACGGCAAGCCCAUCGAGCAGAGCACCCCGAAUCCCAGACGGACCGUUACGGACAACACGAUCACCAUCAUCAACCUGGUGAAGGGCGACACUGGCAACUACGGAUGCAACGCCACCAACUCCCUGGGCUAUGUCUACAGGGAUGUGUAUCUGAAUGUCCAGGCCCUGCCGCCAGAGAUCCGGGAGAAGCCGACCGACAAGUCCAGCGUGGACGGACGCAACGUGACCAUGACCUGCCGCGUCGAGGGCGCUCCCAAGCCCCUGGUCAAGUGGCUGAGGGGCAGCAACUGGCUGACCGGAGGACGCUACAACGUCCAGGCCAAUGGAGAUCUGGAGAUCCAGGAUGUCACCUUCUCGGAUGCCGGAAAGUACACGUGUUAUGCGGAGAAUAAGUUCGGGAACAAGUCCGCCGACGGAUCCCUGGUCGUCAAGGAGCACACUCGCAUCACCCAGGAGCCGCAGAACUACGAGGUAGCCGCCGGCCAGUCCGCCACCUUCCGGUGCAACGAGGCCCACGACGACACCCUGGACAUCCAGAUCGAUUGGCGCAAGGAUGGCCAGCCCAUCGACUUCGAGACCCAGCCCCGGUUUGUCCAGACGAACGACAACUCCCUGACGAUUGCCAAGACCAUGGAGCUGGACUCCGGCGAGUACACGUGCGUGGCGAGGACCCGGCUGGAUGAGGCGACCGCCAAGGCCAAUCUGAUUGUCCAGGAUGUGCCGAAUGCGCCCAAGCUGCUGGGCAUCACCUGCCAGGCGGACAAGGCGGAGAUCUCGUGGGAGCCGCAGGGCGACAACCGAUCCCCCAUCCUCCACUACACCAUCCAGUUCAAUACCUCCUUCACGCCCGCCUCCUGGGACGCCGCCUACGAGAAGGUGCCCAACACGGACUUCUCCUUCGUCGUCCAGAUGUCCCCGUGGGCGAACUACACCUUCCGGGUGAUUGCCUUCAACAAGAUCGGACCCUCGCCUCCGUCCGCCCACAGCGAGAGCUGCACCACCCAGCCGGAUGUGCCGUACAAGAAUCCCGACAACGUGGUGGGCCAGGGCCGAGAGCCCAACAACCUGGUCAUCUCGUGGACACCCAUGCCGGAGAUCGAACACAACGCCCCUGGGUUCCAGUAUCGUGUCAACUGGAAACGCGACAUCCCGGCCGCUCCGUGGGAGAACCAGAACAUCUACGACUGGCGACAGAACAACAUCGUGAUCACCGACCAGCCCACCUUCGUCAAGUACCUAAUCAAGGUGGUGGCCAUCAACGAGAAGGGCGAGUCCAAUGUGGCCGCCGAGGAGGUGGUGGGCUACUCCGGCGAGGAUCGUCCUUUGGACGCCCCAACGAACUUCACGAUGCGACAGAUCACGUCCUCCACCAGCGGCUACAUGGCCUGGACGCCCGUCAGCGAGGAGUCGGUGCGCGGCCACUUCAAGGGCUACAAGAUCCAGACCUGGACAGAGAAGGAAGGCGAGGAGGGCCUGCGCGAGAUCCACGUCAAGGGUGAUACCCACAACGCCCUCGUCACCCAAUUCAAGCCCGACUCGAAGAACUUUGCCCGCAUCCUGGCCUACAACGGUCGCUUCAACGGUCCUCCCAGUGCCGUCAUCGAUUUCGAUACUCCCGAAGGUGUUCCAUCGCCGGUCCAGGGUCUGGAUGCCUAUCCGCUGGGCUCCUCCGCCUUUUGGCUCACCUGGAAGAAGCCUCUCUACCCGAACGGCAAGCUCACCGGCUACAAGAUCUACUACGAGGAGGUCCAGGGCAGCUAUGUCGGCGAGCGUCGGGAGUACGAUCCCCAUAUCACCGAUCCGAGGGUCACCAGGAUGAAGAUGGCCGGCCUGAAGCCCAAUUCCAAGUAUCGCAUCUCCAUUACGGCCACCACCAAGAUGGGAGAAGGAUCUGAACACUACAUCGAGAAGCGCACCCUCCAGGAUGUAGCCGCCAUGACGGCACCUGCCACGCCCUCCUUCUCCUGGGAACAGCUGCCCUCCGACAAUGGACUGGCCAAGUUCCGCAUCAACUGGCAACCCAGCACCGAAGGACAUGCGGGCACCCACUUCUUCACCAUGUACAGGAUAAAGGGUGAAACGCAAUGGCUCCGCCUGCCCGAGGAGAAGAACAAGGACUACCAGGAGGUGGCCGGCCUGGAUCCGGAGACCGCCUACGAGUUCCGUGUGGUGUCCGUCGACGGUCACUUCAACACGGAGAGUGCCACGCAGGAGAUCGACACGAACAGUGUCGAGGGACCGACCAUGGUGCGCAGCGAGACGGUGGCCAAUGCCGGCUGGUUCAUUGGCAUGAUGCUGGCCCUGGCCUUCAUCAUCUUCAUCUUCAUCAUUGUGUGCAUCAUCCGGCGCAACCGGGGCGGCAAGUACGACGUCCACGAUCGGGAGCUGGCCAACGGCCGGCGGGACUAUCCCGACGAGGGCGGCUUCCACGAGUACUCGCAACCCUUGGAUAACAAGAGCGCUGGUCGCCAAUCCGUGAGUUCAGCGAACAAGCCCGGCGUGGAGAGCGACACCGAUUCGAUGGCCGAGUACGGUGAUGGCGAUACAGGACAAUUCACCGAGGAUGGGUCCUUCAUUGGACAGUAUGUUCCUGGCAAGCUGCAGCCCCCCGUCAGCCCACAGCCGCUGAACAAUUCCGCCUCGGCGCAUCAGGCGGGCGCUGCCGCCGGAGGAUCUGCCGCCGCAGGAGCUGCUGGAGGAGCAGGAGCCGGAGCCGCAGCCGGCGCUGCCGGAGGAUCAGGAUCUGGAACAGGAGCAGCAGCUGCCAGCAAUGGAGGAGCUGGUUCGGCCAAUGCGGCCGCCGUCGCCACCUACGUCUAAGAGGCGUGGCUGGAAUUAAAAUCCUCCCCCUUGAUUUUUACGCCUCUGAUUUCUUAAUUUUUUAUUCAACAAUACUAAAAAAAAAAAAAAAACAAAUGGAAAAAAUGAAAACUUUGUGUAAUUGUAUGUGUAAAACGAAAACUGCUUUAAGUGUCUGCAAAAAAAGAAAGAAAAUGAUAAUUAUUUGUAAAGUGAAAAAAAGAAUCUCGCAUGAAUUUAAAGCAUAUUAUUUGGCUUUUUUUGGCUUAAAAAAAAAACAAGAAUUAUUCUAGCAAACAGUUGGAAACGCCUUUUCGAAUUAAAAUAAAAAAAAAACAAUUUUUUUUAUAAGCAUAAAAAAAAACCAAAAAUGUAAAACCAAAAAAUGAUGAUGCCUGUUUGUGUAAUAUUUUUUCUUUUUAAUUUUUGUGAACUUUAACCAAAAAUAUAUUUUAGUUUUUAGUGGCACGAGACGAAAGGAGGAAUAGUGAGUUGAAAGGGCGAACUGGGAGAUCGAGUAUUUGAAUAUUAAAAGGGCCACGAAAAAAAAUAUAAACAGAGCAUCAUCCGAUUUUCCAACAAUACUUAAUACAUAUAACUAAGAUUUGUUCAAAGUGUACAAAAUCAGGGCAGCUUCGAUCAAUUGUUGACUGAAUUGCGAAGAUAAUGCCGUGAGAACUCAGGCCUCAGAUCCACACCAUGUGUCUGACGAUUUUUGCCUUGACUAUUUUGCAUAACAAUUAUACACAGAUAAUGAUACAGUACUGCUCGUAAUUGUAUGACUUAAAAACAAACAAACAAACAAAAAUAUAAGUAUAUCGAUGUGUUCAAUUUAGCAGCAAGUCCAAUAAUUCUCAACUUGAAAUCGUUUACUUUUCGCCAAUAAUUAAAAGACUUACAAGGUAGAAGAAAAAAAAUAAGAGAAAAUAUAUAAAAGCUACAGAUUCCUUUCGGCGGCAAUUUUUCGAAUAUAUAUCUCGUAUAUAAGUUUCUGAUUUUCGUCCAUAGUAUAAUGUAAUUUUUCGCGUAUAGUCUUAAAACCAAAAAUAAAAUAAAUAAUAAAAAAACAGUAAACCUUUCAGUUUUGUCCAUUAAUUCGUUAAGUAAAGCAAAUUAGUUAAUUAACAAAAUUAGUUGUAAACCAAAAGGGGAAACGCCCUCGAAUACCUAUUUAAUGCAGUAAUAUUGUUCCAUAUAUAGUACUCCCCGAUAUUAAGAGCCUCUUAUUUGUAUGAAGAAUGUUGAAACCACUUUUUAUCCAGAUAUCUGUAAUAAUAUUUAAACAAUGUAUACAUAUUUUUUUUUUAAACUAAAACACACAAAGUGGCAUUAGAAUCUAAAAAAAAAAAAUGAAAACCAAACACAAUAAAGUAAAUUAUAUAAAAAACACAAAAAAACGAUCAAAACCAUUUCAUUUUCGAAUUGAAAACUUUGCCGCUUUCGAAACCCCGAAUUUGGAAAACCCUUUUUUCAAAGUUCCAUUGUUUUUGAGUUAUAUUUUGUUUGCGAAUUAGGCUGUAUGAUGUGUACAUUAGAUGGAUAUAUAAGCUUAUAAUUAUUUGGACAUACAUACAGGGUUGCUUAGUAAAAUUUUGCAUUAGAUUUAAAAAUAAAAAAAAAGCAUAAAGUAAAAAAAAAGAGGGAAAGAUCUAAGGAAGAUGUGUAAUUUGAUGAUCCAUAUUUUGUGCACUGCGUUCUGUUUGUUGUUAUUUCAAUUAGCUAUAUAUAUGUAACGAACUAUAAAGAACCCCGGCUGAGCAUAGUUUUCAAUCGAAUCGACAACCAAAUACCCUUUAAAUUAACACCGAAAGAAAUUAUUGGGAGACAACACAAAUACCGAACGAUCCACACACACAAUUCACCUGCACCACGCAUAUCCCAACGAUUGACAUAAAAAAAGGAUGAAUGUAAUAAGGCAAGAAAGUAAAUAAAGAAAGUAAUUAAAGAAAGUAGGAGAAAGGAAGUGGCUAAGAGAAAGUGAAAGAGAACCCGCAAGGACAACAACAAACUACUACAUAAAACAAUACACAGAGAAAAAAAAACAAAACAAAAUAUGCUAUACAACGUAUAUAUGGAUAUAUAAUAUAUAUUUACAUGUAUAGAGGACAACGAUCUAAAUCUAAUGUUCACGACAAAGCGAUAUAUAUAUAUAUAUACAAAAAAAAAACAUAUAGAGAGAUGUAUAAGAUUUUGCAUAGAUAUUGUGAUUUCCAAAAAAAAAAACGAUGAAAACUCAAAAUAGUCAAUAACAAGCCCCAAAAAGGAAACAAUUAAACUAAACUAAUAUUUCCUCUUUUUUCGAAUAUAAAAAAAACUUAAAGUGUUCAUCAGUGGAAUUAUCGAAUAUGAUCGAAAUUAAUCGUUCGGUUUUCGAUAGCAGAGGAAAUGAGAACCACAACAACAACAAUUGCACUGCCUGUGUCGGGUUCUAUUUUACAUUAACAUUUACAUAGACAUUUACACAAAAAAUAUUUAUAUGCUGCUUCAAAAAUUUCGUAAACAAUAAAAAUCAAAAAAUAAAAAAAGCAAAACGACAUCAAAUGCAUACAUUUUUUCAAUUAAAAAUAAAGGUAAUUUGCACAAUACUGUGAUUCCUAAAUGAAAAUAUAA